CACGAGGCACCCUAGGCCGCUCCACUCCUAGCGUCGUCCCAGAGCCCGGCCUACGAGUCACAUGGCUGAGCCACAUCGCACCGGAGAUGCUCACCGCUGACCACUCUAGCCUCGCCGUCUUGUUGCUCCCAACCUGACGUCAUCACUGGGCGCCGCAGUGCGGUGGUGGGCACGCGCAACCAAGAUGUCUCCGACGCCGGCGCUUUUCAGUUUGCCCGAGGCGCGGACGCGAUUUACGAAAUCUACCAGAGAGGCCUUGAAUAACAAAAAUAUCAAGCCGUUGUUGACUGCCUUCAGUCAGUUACCUGGCAGUGAAAAUGAAAAAAAAUGUACCCUUGACCAAGCUUUCAGAGGUGUUCUGGAAGAAGAAAUUAUAAAUCAUUCCGCAUGCGAGAACGUUUUAGCUAUUAUUUCUCUUGCUAUUGGGGGAGUAACUGAAAGUGUUUGUACUGCGUCCACACCAUUUGUGCUAUUGGGAGAUGUCUUAGACUGCCUUCCUUUGGAUCAGUGUGACACAAUAUUCACUUUUGUUGAAAAAAAUGUUGCUACUUGGAAGUCAAAUACAUUCUAUUCUGCUGGCAAAAAUUAUUUACUGCGUAUGUGCAAUGAUCUCCUCAGAAGAUUGUCUAAAUCUCAGAAUACAGUUUUCUGUGGAAGAAUUCAGCUCUUUCUGGCCAGGCUUUUUCCUCUAUCCGAGAAAUCAGGUCUUAAUUUGCAGAGUCAGUUUAACCUGGAAAAUGUCACUGUUUUCAAUACCAAUGAGCAGGAGAGCACCCUGGGUCAGAAGCACACUGAGGAUAGAGAGGAAGGGAUGGAUGUAGAAGAAGGUGAAAUGGGAGAUGAUGAAGCCCCGACAACGUGUUCUAUUCCAAUUGAUUACAACCUGUAUAGAAAAUUCUGGUCACUUCAGGAUUACUUCAGGAACCCAGUACAAUGCUAUGAGAAGAUUUCCUGGAAAACUUUUCUCAAGUAUUCUGAAGAAGUUUUAGCUGUUUUUAAAAGUUAUAAAUUAGAUGAUACUCAAGCCUCCAGGAAAAAGAUGGAAGAAUUGAAAACAGGAGGAGAGCAUGUGUACUUCGCAAAGUUUUUAACGAGUGAGAAGUUGAUGGAUUUACAACUGAGUGACAGUAACUUUCGUCGACACAUCCUGUUGCAGUAUCUCAUUUUAUUUCAAUAUCUCAAGGGACAGGUCAAAUUCAAAAGCUCAAAUUAUGUUUUAACUGAUGAGCAAUCACUCUGGAUUGAAGAUACUACAAAAUCAGUCUACCAACUGCUAUCUGAAAAUCCCCCUGAUGGAGAAAGAUUUUCAAAGAUGGUAGAGCAUAUAUUAAACACUGAGGAAAAUUGGAACUCAUGGAAAAAUGAAGGUUGCCCAAGUUUUGUUAAAGAAAGAGCAUCAGAUACCAAGCCCACAAGAGUGGUGCGGAAGAGAGCAGCCCCAGAAGACUUCUUAGGCAAAGGGCCCAACAAGAAAAUUCUGAUUGGAAAUGAGGAGCUAACAAGGCUUUGGAAUCUCUGUCCUGAUAAUAUGGAAGCCUGUAAAUCAGAGACAAGAGAAUACAUGCCAACUUUGGAGGAGUUCUUUGAAGAAGCUAUUGAACAAGCAGAUCCUGAAAACAUGGUUGAAAGUGAAUAUAAAGCCGUAAAUAAUUCAAAUUAUGGAUGGAGAGCUCUUAGACUCUUAGCCCGGAGAAGCCCUCACUUCUUCCAGCCAACCAACCAGCAGUUUAAGAGUCUACCAGAGUAUCUAGAAAACAUGGUGAUAAAACUAGCCAAGGAACUACCACCCCCUUCUGAAGAAAUAAAAACAGGUGAAGAUGAAGAUGAAGAAGAUAAUGAUGCUUUACUAAAGGAAAAUGAAAGUCCAGAUGUUCGGCGAGAUAAACCUAUAACAGGGGAGCAGAUAGAGUCAUUUGCCAACAAACUUGGUGAGCAGUGGAAGAUUUUGGCUCCUUACCUGGAAAUUAAAGACUCCGAUAUUAGGCAGAUUGAGUGUGACAGUGAAGACAUGAAGAUGAGAGCCAAGCAGCUCCUUGUUGCCUGGCAAGAUCAAGAAGGAGUUCAUGCAACAACUGAUAACCUGAUUAGUGCACUAAACAAGUCUGGAUUAAGUGACCUUGCAGAAAGUCUAACUAAUGACACUGAAACAAACAGUUAGCUUUCUUCCUUUAAUUUUCUUUUUUAUCAAACAGUGAUAAGAUUUUGUUACCAAGCAGCAUUUGAUAAAUGGUUCACUGGUUUUGGUAAACAAUAAACACUUUUAUAACA